GUCUGAUGUCACCUCACACCUGCUGGUGUUCUUCCUCAGGUACAGUUUGUCAGAUCUUCAGCUGGAAUCAGGAUGGUCGUGAGACUUAAUUGACAAGCUUUGCCUAUGGCAGACCAGCAUGAAAGAGGUCCCUUUGUGUGAAUUUACCAUGGACUACGUGCUUUAUCAGCUGCUGGUCCUGAGUAUGGCUGUAAUGAUGGCCCACGCAUGCCCCAAAUACUGUGUGUGCCAGAACUUAUCCGAGUCACUGGGAACCCUGUGCCCAGCUAAAGGCUUGCUCUUUGUACCACCUGAUAUUGAUCGCAGCACCGUGGAGCUCCGGUUAGGGGGAAACUAUAUUCUUCGAAUCACGCGGCAUGACUUUGCCAACAUGACAGAUCUGGUGGACCUUACGCUGUCUCGCAACACAAUUAGCUACAUCCAGCCAUUCUCCUUCAGUGACCUGGAGACACUCCGGUCUCUGCAUUUGGAUAACAACCGGUUAGUGGAAUUGGGCCCAGAUGACCUGCGAGGGCUGGUCAGCCUGCAGCAUCUCAUCCUCAAUAAUAACCAGUUGGGUCGCAUCUCCGAGAGGGCAUUCGAGGACCUUGUGGCAUCACUUGAAGAUUUGGAUUUGUCCUACAACAACCUUUACGGUCUGCCUUGGCAUUCGGUCCGACAGAUGGUCAAUCUUCACCAGCUAAGCUUGGACCACAAUUUGUUGGACUACAUUCCUGAGGGGACAUUUGUGGAUCUAGAGAGGCUGGCCCGUUUGGACCUCACCUCUAACCGGCUUCAGAAACUUUCUCCGGAUCCCAUCUUUGCCCGAGCUCAAGACUCCGAAGUGAUGGCCACACCAUUUGCUCCUCAACUUUCGCUAAGCAUAGGAGGGAAUCCACUUCACUGCAAUUGUGAAUUGCUGUGGUUCCGGCGUCUGGAGCGAGACGAUGACCUGGAGACUUGUGCCUCCCCUCCUGGCCUGAAGGGACGCUACUUCUGGAACGUUCGGGAGGACGAGUUUUUGUGCGAGCAGCCGUUGAUUACUCAACACACCCAUAGGAUGGUAAUUCUGGAGGGCCAGGCCGCCAGUCUACGAUGUGAAGCCAUUGGAGAUCCCACUCCAUCCAUACAUUGGAUUGCCCCUGACGAUCAAUUGCUUGGCAACUCGUCCCGCACUGUGGUAUACCACAACGGCACACUAGAGAUCCUGAUAACCACGUCAAAGGACUAUGGGACCUUUACCUGCAUCGCUGCCAACCUGGCUGGUGAGUCGUCUGCUUCGGUGGAGUUGUCAAUUAUUCAACUACCCCACUUAAGCAAUGGUACAGGCCAAGCAUCACAACCCAGGUCCCGCCUGUCGGACAUUACAGGCACCUCCAGGACCAAUAAAGGAUCUCCCAAUAGCCCAGCGGAGAAGGCGGUGUCCGUGUCUGAGGUGACUGCAGUGUCUGCUUUAGUAAGGUGGUCUGUCAACAAGGCAUCUCCCAAAGUAAAAAUGUACCAGCUGCAGUACAACUGCUCCGAUGAUGAAGUCCUCAUCUACAGGAUGAUUCCUUCCUCUAGUAAGGCCUUCCACAUCACCAACCUUGUAUCUGGGACCCGCUAUGACCUGUGUGUGCUGGCAGCCUGGGAUGAUUCAGCUACCACUCUCACUGCCACCAACGUUGUGGGCUGUGUGCAGUUCUUUACCAAGGACGACUACCCGCAAUGCCAGGCUCUACACGGGCAACUGUUGGGCGGCACCAUGAUCCUCGUGGUGGGUGGCGUGAUCGUGGCCACGUUGCUUGUGUUUAUCGUGAUCCUCAUGGUGCGGUAUAAAGCAGGGGACAGUGAUGACCAACUCUCUGGCAAGUUGAGCGAUGUCAGUGAUAUGCCCUCGCAAACCAACGGAGGAAGGCUGUGGCAGAAUGGGGCACCUGGUCCACUCCCCAAAACAAAGCCUAAGGUGGAUGUGCCGGACGAAGGGGUCGAAUUUAAGUGCAGCACUCUUCGAAGCAGCUUGUCGUCGUCUUCCUCCAGCUCGUCCUCAUCAUCCUCAGGAUUAGCAGAUGCCGCUUCUUGUAGUCCCAACAAAGCUCUCGCCAACAUCUGGAGAUCUGCACCUCACAAGCCCCUCGGAAACAUAGACCAGCUUCUAGGGGCCUUUACGUCGCUGGAGCUUCGGAGCCAGGCCAAGGAGUCCGGUCCAUCUGGGAGCUCUGUCGGUGUUGCGGCUUCAACUCGGGCGCCCCCAACUGACAAGGAGCCUUUGUUGGGCCGGAUGCCGGACUCGCGUCUCGGUCGGCUGUUCGUGUUGCCGCAGGACUCUAAACCCAAGAGGAGCCGCUCGUUUGACAUGGGUGACUUUACCGUGUCUACGGCGCAGCAGCUGCGUUCAUAUCCGCGCAGGAUCAGCAGCAUCUGGACUAAACGCAGUCUGUCUGUUAAUGGGACGUUAUUGCAGUGCGAUGAGGAGGGGGACGCCGGAGGGAGCAAAGGCACCAUAGACAGCUCAGAAUGGGUUAUGGAGAGUACUGUAUAGAGACUUAGAGGCCACUUACGCACCGCAGCUACACUGACAGUUGACGACAACUGAUGACAGCCAACCGCAUUGUGUGUCCCAAAACAUUAAUGACAUAUUGCUUGCAGAAAAUGUGUAUAUACUCUCUCCAACUCUUCAGCAGUGGUCGACUAAAAAUCGCCGGAUGAUAAAUCUCCUCGCUGAUAUCAAUGAACUGAUUUUAGGAGUGACUUGUGUAUUCUGUUCAUACAGAGAAGAGUCCUAUAAGACAGUGAUUCUUCAUUCAGAUCCUGGGGAUCCUCAGCCUCCCACAUUCAACCACAGAUUUAAAAUGUUUACUGCAAUUUAUAAAAUCAGUUGUCACAACAAACCUUGUAGCGCAUAUGUGGCCAUAGAUUUCACCCUGCAUGAUUCUGGAGUCUCAUGGCUUUUGUUUGUUUAUUAUUUGCCUUGCCAUAUUGAGAACAGUUAUCUAUUCGGCACCAGUCAGCCGAGUGCGUUUGUGUGUGUGUAUGUUAUCUUUACGUCUGAAACAUGAACCGAUAAGUUUUAAUAAAUGUCAAAAAGAAA